GAAGCGUUUACAUGUUACCUGAAUUUAAGUGACAAAAUGAGUUAUUGCAUUUAUCUAUGGAUUAUAUUAAUUUAUAAUAUUGUCUUUUUUUCAGCCCUAUCUCAGACUGACGAAAUUUAUACAACCAAUUCUAGUCAAUCGUUAACGUGCAACUCACUACUUACAAAUAAUGUAUUACAAUAUCAUAUUAAACAAUUGUUAACUCAUUAUGGCAAAGAUAGUGAAUAUAAAAUUGGUAAUCCAAUAAAAUUUGGUGCUACUGAAUUCUUUGAUGUAAAGAUUAACGGUUUGUCCGAUGUUCAAUUCACUGCACCUGUUGAUAUUGUCGACCUACCAUCAGGUGAUGUACACUUGAUAUUUACUCUACUAUUUGAUUAUCUCAUAAUAAAUGGUCAAAUGAAAAUGCCAGUGUUCAUGAGGAAAGUUCGGCCAGUAGAAAUUAAAAUGCAAUCAACUAAAAUAUUUUUAGAUUUACUACUCUCACGACCAAUGGACAAUAAUAAGAACAACUCUAAGAACUAUCAGCCUCUUCCAGUCAGUGUGAGAAAAGUCACUGUGAUUCAUUGGAAUAAACUAAAAUUCGAUAGUAGAGGUUUCUUUAUUAAAUUCUUUAAAAUGUUCAAUCGUCUCCGUAUAUAUGACAGUGUAAUCAAGCGUUCUAUUGAAAAAGAGAUUUAUCAACAAAUGGAAGGAUCCUUGAGAUCAUUUUUUGAAUAUUAAGUUGUUUAAAAUGAUUUAACUAAGAAAAUAGUUGGUAGCAAUUUAUAUCCAAUGCAAAUUUCUGCAAAAAUCUCUCCGUCUUCCAUUUCAGUCUUUAACCAAACAAAAAAAAUUUUUUGAUUUCUUACAGAUUACAAAUAUUUUAAAUUUAUUUCUCACUAUUUUGAAGCUAAAGUUAUCAAAUUUCUGGCUGUUUUACCUCUAUUCCACUCUGAAGUCUUUCUUAAUGCAUGUGUGGACAGUGACUUGUAAUAUGCGAUAGUUUUCUAUGGGGACGUGUAUUUAACAGCAUCUAAAUUUUAUGUAGAAACUAAUUUGAUCUUUUUUGAUGCAUGCUUAUGUCGAAUAUUGUUACACUGAUUGUAUUCCGUUCAUAAAAUGGUUUUAACAGCGAUAAUUAACAGCUGUCAAAACGUUUAUUUUUGAUAGUAUGUUAAAAAUUUUCAUAAUUUAGAGCAUAAAUGAUUGAAAAAUAAAUUUGUUAAAAAUAUUAU